AGUGGGGGGCGCUCGGCUCUCCAGCCUCACUCGCAGCUGCGGGGAGCUGGGGAGAGUGGGCCCCGCCUCCGGACGGGCGUGCAGACCUCUGACCCUGGAGUCUCUCAGCUGCCGGGAACCGUCCCCUUGGGUCGUCGCCCGGGCCGCCCGCCGUUCCCCGGCCCCGAGGGGCCCGGCCGGCCACGGUGGGGGGAGAGGUCAGCAUGAGCCGGGGGGCCCGGCGGGCCGGCGCCGGGCAGGGGGCGGCGGUCGCAGUGCAGCUGCUGGUCACCCUGAGCUUCCUCCCGAGCGUCGUCGAGGCCCAGGUCACCGGAGUCCUGGAUGAUUGCCUGUGUGAUAUUGAUAGCAUUGAUAACUUUAACACCUUCAAAAUCUUCCCCAAAAUAAAAAAAUUGCAAGAGCGAGACUACUUCCGUUAUUACAAGGUCAAUCUGAAGAGACCAUGUCCUUUCUGGGCAGAAGAUGGCCAUUGUUCAAUAAAAGACUGCCAUGUGGAGCCCUGUCCAGAGAGCAAAAUUCCAGUCGGAAUUAAAGCUGGGAGUUCUAAUAAGUACUCGAAAGUAGCAAACAAUACCAAAGAAUUAGAAGACUGUGAGCAAGCUAAUAAACUGGGAGCAAUUAACAGCACACUAAGUAAUCAAAGCAAAGAAGCUUUCAUUGACUGGGCAAGAUAUGAUGAUUCACAGGAUCACUUUUGUGAACUUGAUGAUGAGCGAUCUCCAGCUGCUCAGUAUGUAGACCUGUUGCUGAACCCAGAGCGUUACACUGGCUAUAAAGGGUCCUCCGCAUGGAGAGUGUGGAACAGCAUCUACGAAGAAAACUGUUUCAAGCCUCGAUCUGUUUAUCGUCCUUUAAAUCCUCUGGCACCUAGCCGAGGAGAAGAUGGAGAAUCAUUCUACACGUGGCUGGAAGGUUUGUGUCUGGAAAAGAGAGUCUUCUAUAAGCUUAUAUCCGGACUUCAUGCUAGUAUCAAUUUACAUCUAUGUGCAAAUUAUCUUUUGGAAGAAACCUGGGGUAAACCUAGCUGGGGACCUAAUAUGAAAGAAUUUAAACGCCGCUUUGACCCUGUGGAAACUAAGGGAGAAGGUCCAAGAAGGCUUAAGAAUCUGUACUUUUUAUACUUAAUUGAGCUUCGAGCUUUAUCAAAGGUGGCCCCAUAUUUUGAGCGCUCAAUUGUCGAUCUUUACACUGGAAAUGGAGAAGAAGAUGCUAACACAAAAACCCUUCUACUGAAUAUCUUUCAAGAUACAAAGUCCUUUCCCAUGCACUUUGACGAGAAGUCCAUGUUUGCAGGUGACAAAAAGGGGGCCAAGUCAUUAAAGGAGGAAUUCCGCUUACAUUUCAAGAAUAUCUCCCGUAUAAUGGACUGUGUUGGAUGUGACAAAUGCAGAUUAUGGGGGAAAUUGCAGACUCAGGGUCUAGGAACUGCCCUGAAGAUAUUAUUCUCUGAAAAAGAAAUCCAAAAGCUUCCAGAGAACAGCCCAUCUAAAGGCUUCCAACUCACUCGACAGGAAAUAGUUGCUCUUUUAAAUGCUUUCGGAAGAGAUACAUGUGGUACCAGCUGAGGAUUACAGAACAGAAGGAAAAGAAUCCUAGAAAAUAAGAGAAAAUAAAACUGUGCUGCCCUGGAAAAUACAAAGUCAAGGAAGAACUGUUUAAAAAAAAAGGGGGGGGUGGGAACCAAGUGAUACAGAGAUUAUUUCUUAUGUUUUCUUAACGUGCAUUUUUAAGUUAAAAAGGGGGCAGUUAAGUGAAAAAUAAAUUGUUCCUUCCCCAUCGUAGAAGAUUAUACCUGUUGUUCCCAUGUAUUUACAGAGGACUGUGUAGUUUGGGAUUUCAAGCCUAAGCUAGACAUGAUGUCCAUUACUGAUGAUGUCCAUCAGUAAUUAGUACUUCCCGAAGAAUUUAGUUCACCCACUUAUGAGGCCUGUAAAUAAGAUAAAGCAGGAGAAACUGAAUUAAAUUUAGAGUAUUUAAAUGUAAUUUAAGUGAAAAAUAUUUUCAACAAUUUAUACAUUUUAAAUCCAAAUAAAAUUAAAUUGAGAAAAAAAAAACAGAUGUUAACUUCCUCAAAAUGUCUCUGAGUCUCAGAACAUCCAUAAAGACAACCCUGUCGGCUUCAGUUCUCUAUCUGGAGC